UUCUUAAAUUUAAGAAACCCUUAUUUUCUUGAAUUUUUUGGCCUCAUUUCUUCGUAAAAAUCUUGUUUCCUUUCUUCUUUCUUGAACAUCUAUCAACAUUUUAACGUCCCAUAAUGGAAGAAGCACUAAGGAGGCUUAACGGAACGACCCAAAUUCAAGAACCCCUAUUCCCAACCAUCACCGACAACCCUAGAAAAACCACAACCACACCCGUCACCACCUCCACAAACAAGCGGUCACUUAAAGAAACCGCCACCGCCGCCGCCUCCGCCACUACUAUGAGGUACCGUGGAGUCCGUAGAAGACCAUGGGGCCGUUACGCAGCUGAAAUCAGAGACCCCCAGUCUAAAGAAAGACGUUGGCUCGGCACAUUCGACACUGCAGAAGAAGCAGCCUGUGCUUACGAUUGUGCAGCUCGAGCCAUGCGUGGAGUCAAAGCUCGCACUAAUUUUGUCUACCCGUCGGCUGAUCCUCCCUCAAACCCUACAGAUUACCACCAUUUUCUUCCACCGUUUAAACAAUCUCGUAAUUCUUCUCCAAAUUGGCCUUCUUUUAGCAGCAACCCUCAUGAAUUUUCUGCCCCUGCACCACCCAAAAAUUCUUCUUUAAACAUGCUUCUGUUUCGUGAUUUUCUCAACCCUUCUCCCGGAUCAUCUUUAUACGACCCGUUUCAUCCAAAUAUAAACGGGUCUACUGCUUCUUUUCCGGUCAAUCCUUCCAAUAUUUCCGGCAGUUUUACAGGUUCAAACUCUCUGAAUUCUUUACCCCAAACUGAACACCAUGGGGUUUCUGACAAGACUAAUAAUGUUCAAGUUGACAAUUUCAUGGAGUUUUUUCCUCAAGAACCUUCUGAUUCAGGCCUGUUACAUGAAAUCAUUCAAGGUUUUUUCCCAAAACCCUCCUCUGACAAGAUUCAUAACUCAUCAGUGGUUCAUAAUCAUACACCAGUAUCUGAAAUACCUUCAAAUUCUGGGUUUAGAACCAUCAAGAACGAGCACUUGGGUCAUUAUUAUGAUCAUCACAAUGGAGUAGCAGUUCCUCCUCAGUUUCAAAGCUUUCAUGGAGUUAAUUCACAAUAUGUUGAUCCGUACAGAAAUGAUUGUCAGCUGCCACAUCAUCAUCAUCAGAUUAUGAAUGCAGAGUCCAUUAUAGAUGAUAUUUUUCAGUACCCAGAUCUUAUGAGUGCCUUUGCUGCUAGAGUCCAGAAUGCCUGAAGACUAAUUAAUUAACUCUUUUUCUUAAUGUUUUAAUUUCAUUAGCUCUGUGUUUUAAUUUAGAUAACCAUAUGAUGAA